CGACCAGAAAAACGAAAAUUUGACGAAAAUUCCCGAAGACAAAACUAUCAAUAAUUUUUCGCGUUUGGCAGUUAGAUUUUUUUCAAAAAUAAUCUGCGUAAGUUUUCUAUCACAUCUAUAAUUUUCUGUGUAACUUUGAAUGGACGAAAAACCAGACGAUAUGGAGACGAACGAAGUGACGGAAGUAGGUGUAAUGUCGGAAGGUAUCGACAUAUCCGAAGAGUUGCCGAGCAGUGAUGACGGCGUACAUGCUGUUUACACCAAUACUACAGAGCAGACAGCAACAAGUGACCAUGUUUUCACGGCAGCGACACCUGCAAUUUUAACGGCUGAGGGUCUUCAGGCAGUUCAAGAACAUUUAAAAAGCGCACAUGUAGUUACUGUAAUUCAAGAUAACAACACUGUGGCAACAGUCUCAUUAGAUGCAUUAAAAGCUCCACAGACACCCCAAACACCAGCUACACCUGCAACACCAGCCACACCACAUUCUGGUAAAGAUAAACCUUCUAAAUAUAACUGGGACGAUAGUGUGCAUUUACCAGUGCUUCCUGUCAGAUGCAAGAAUCAAAGCGCAGAACUUCACAAAGUAAAACUUGGCUCUGGUGGCCGAGGUCGCUGCGUGAAAAUGGCUGACCAGUGGUAUACUCCAUCAGAAUUUGAAGCUCUUUGCGGGCGAGGGAACAGUAAAGACUGGAAGCGCAGUAUCCGCUAUGGCGGUAGAACAUUACAGUGCUUAAUUGAAGAAGGUAUUUUACAACCCCAUGCCACAUCAUGUACCUGCGCGGCAUGCUGUGAUGAUGAAGCAGUGGUAAGCACGUCUAAUACAUGUAAUCAAGUAGGAGUGCAAACUUACCAUCAUUCGGGUCCUGUGAGGUUGUUUGUGCCUUAUAAAAGAAGGAAACGAGGAGAGAGCGAAAGUGGUGGUCCUACUCCACCAAGGAAGACUGCUAGAAGUGCCUCUGUGAAAUCAAAAGAAAGAUCAUUCAGUGUUGAAGAACGAAAUGGUGAGAUUACAGUAACAGAAACCACCACCGUACUACCUCCAAUGGCUCCAUCCCCUCCUAAACCAUCAGAAACAGAUCAGUCAUGGUGGCAUCUAGAAGAGAUGGCAAAUUCUUUAUUACAACAAGCACAGCAGUUAAAAUCCAUGGUUGAACAAGCUAAAAACCAAUCACUAGCAGCUAAAGAUUCAGCAGUCGCACAAACUAAGUUACAGUAUGAAACGGAAAAAAAAGAGGCAUUAACACAGGCCCGUAUAGAGGCUCAAAUGCAGCUAUCAAGGGCAUUAAUGGAGGCAAGGGCUGAGAAAGAUACUGCUGUGGCCCAAGCAUUAGCUCAAGCAAGAGCAGAUAAACUGGAAGCUGUAGAGCAAGCAAAAUCAGAGCAACUUAUAAAAACAUGUGUAAACUGUGGACGCGAAGCAUUGAGUGAGUGUACUGGUUGUCAUCGUGUGAGCUAUUGCAGUAGUUUCUGUCAACGCAAAGAUUGGGCCACACACCAGAAUUCAUGUGGGCAGAAUGCGGCACUUCUUGGUGAAUCUCCCACACUUACAACAACCAUUACAGUAUCAGAACCAACGGAACCACCAGAAGAAGUUGUAGAAGAUUCAGAUAGAGAGAGAGAUUAGAAAAAGUAUUUCAAAACACUGAUAUAACUAUUUAAAUAGUAAUCUGUGGAUAUACUGGUCUUGUGUGGAAAGACACUUUGCUGCUGUUGGUGAAAUAUUGGUGAUUUGAUCACUAUGAUAGGUGAUGACGG